GGUAGCUAGGUAGUGGAUGUAACGCUCCUGGCUGACGGGCACUUAGAGGAUCCUACACUGCCGGAGGGUAGGGAGGGGUUCUAAUACUAUAUAUAACGGACUGCUGCCUCAUACCUACAUUUCCAGUCGUAUCAGCACUCACACAGUCAGUCAGGAUGACUUGGUUAGCAGUGGCUGUCGUGGUGGUGGUGGUCUGUCUCCUGGAACCAUCACAGGCAAGCCGACCUUAUGGAGGUGGGGUAGGAGGCCUCCAUAAGGGUGGUGGCUUUGGAGGUGGCGGAAGCUUUGGUGGCUUGGGAAGCGGUGGACUUGGUGGCAGUGGAUUUGGCGGCGGCAAAGGUCCAGGCUUCGGAGGUGGUGGUGGAUUUGGCGGUGGAUUUGGCGGCGGCAAAGGCCCAGGCUUCGGAGGUGGUGGUGGAUUUGGCGGUGGAUUUGGCGGCGGCAAAGGCCCAGGCAUCGGAGGUGGUGGUGGAUUUGGCGGCGGCAAAGGCCCAGGCUUCGGAGGUGGCGGUGGAUUUGGCGGCAGUGGAAUUGGCGGCGGAUUUGGCGGCAGUGGAAUUGGCGGCGGAUUUGGCGGUGGCAAAGGCCAUGGCGGCAAAGUCGGUGGCUACGGACGUUAAACCUCGACAAAGCACAAAGCACUUACCCUGACAGACACGAACAUCAUCCCCACUGACAAUAAACACGUCGACUGAUCGUCUGGAAAAUUCAACAGUUCCACGAAUCUACUAACGCGAGGAACCUAGUCAACCCCAACACGUCAGUCAGAUUCAAGAAAAAGUCUUCACGAAUUUUCUUUCUCUGUGAUUGUUUCUAAAUUAGCGAAUGUAUUUAUUUCAGAGUUACUUAAAAGAUUGUGUAAAAUGAUAUUAAAUUUAAAUAUUUA